CACACAUUAUAUAUAAUACCUCAAUGGAUCCAUGAAACUUCAAAAUCUAAAUCAUACUACACAGAACACACACACACACACACACAAAAAAGAAGAACAAGAGGAAAGGUUUUUUUUUUCUUGGGCAUAUCCCAAGUUUCCUUUUUUCUUUCCUUCUCCUUUUUGUUUUUGUGUGGGUAUCAAAACUCCAUAUUAUUGAUCAUAAUGGGAAACUGUUUAGUGGGAAGAAACAAUGAAAAUGUUGUUGAACAAGAAGAAAAAUAUGAAGAAGUGAUGAAGAAAGAUUACAAAAGAAAAGAUCGGAAGAUGAAGAUUGUUCUGACGAGAGAUGAGUUAGAAAAACUCAUACUUUUCCAACUUAACGCAGACGGUGCAAACAAAGGCGGAGAUGCUUUGUUGGCUUCUUUUGGAGAUUUUCUUAAAGAACUUGAGGAAGAAAGAUUGGCAGGAGAGGCUGCUGCGGCAGAAGAAGAGAAGUCUCGCCAGAGAUUAUGUCGGAGGUGGAAACCAUCGUUGAAGAGUGUCAUUGAAUGGCCUGAAGAAGUAUAGUUCCCACACAUUCUUAUAAUUCAAGAUUUUUAAAUUUCUUAUUUUCUACCAAAAAAAAAAAAAAAGGAUUCUAUUUUUGGGACUACAUUAUUGCCUAUUUUUUUCCAACCUUUUUCCCAAGAUUUUUUUUUCUUUUUUUGCAUCUGAAAUCUUGGGUGUUUGAAAUGGGCAAUGAUGUAUUACCAAGAUAAUAUCCAAAAAUAUCUACAUUUUAAUUUUGUUUUCCAUUAAAUAAAAUUUAUUUUCCGAGUUAAACUUUCGCUUUCAAAUUUGUCUUCUUCUAGCUCGUGUGUUGUGUAAGAUGAUCUAUAUAUCAAUAUGUUCAUGUCCUUA